AACAUACAAGUUUUGUUAUUGUCUGUCAGGGCGAUUGCAACGCAAUUUAGCGUUUAAAUAUUUGCGAACAAAGAAUUCGAGUGCCUAAGUAACAGUCAUAGACAUAGUGAUAUAUCCAUUAACUAGUCAAUAAUGUUCUCUCGCAAAAGGCCAGAGCCAGCUAAGCGUCGACAGCAUGAUUUGUCCCAGUUUGGCUUAACGGAAAUACCGGAUGACUUUGAUCCGAGCGCUGGCUAUGGUGACGAUGAUGCUGGCGAUAGUGAUUUGGAAGCCGAGCUGGCGGCAAUUACCAGCGGCGGUGGCCGGUCAAAACCAAAAGUUAAACCAAAGCCACAAUUGUUGCCCAGCAGCGAUUUGGAUCGUAUGAUUGCGGAUAGUCUGCGUGACGUUAGCGAUGAUGAUGACGAUGAUGCGCUUGAGAAUGACAGCGAUCUGCUGGGCGAGUUGCAUGGCAUUGCGGGCGAUGGCAUCGAGGACGAUGAGGAAACACCUGCAGCUGCGGCUGCCCCUCCAGCUGCUGCCGUGGAACCGGAGCCGGUGCAGACGUUUCUGCCGACAACCACAGUGGACACAUUGGGCAUCAUAAAUGAACGCAUAGAGAUGUACAAGCAGGCGGAGGCCAAUGCUAAAGCCGCAGGUGAAUCGGGCAAGGCACGUCGCUUUGCACGUGGCUUAAAAACGCUGCAGGAUCUGAAGAAGCAGUCGGCAGGCGGCAAAACUAUCAAUGUUGAUGACAUACCGCCCGAGGUAAGCGUGAAGCCAGCGACGGCAGCGGUUGAUGGAACCGUCGAGGAGCCCAUGCAACCAUCGCGAGCCGCGCCAUUGCCGCCUACGCCUAGUACGCCGCCAGCAACAUCUCCCGCUCCAGCUCCAGCUCCAGCUGCUACGCCUACUGAGCCGGCCAUGCCUGCCAAUCCAUUGGUUUCUGAGAUGCGCAGUCGUCAAGCUGAAUAUAAAUCGGCUGCUGUGCAGGCGAAGCGCAGUGGCGACACAGCUGCUGCUAUCCAGUUUCUGCGCGUCGUCAAGCAAUUCGAUGUGGUUGUGAAGAUGUGCGAGGACGGACAGGAGGUGGAUCUGAGCGAUAUGCCGCCGCCGCCCGGUGAAUUUCUUGCGUUUAUGGCCAAGAUGCAGGGCGGAGCAGCAAGUGCAGAGCCAGCAGCACCCGAAGUAUCUCCAGCUCCAGCAGCGCCUGCUCCAGCAGCUGUUGAGCCACCGGCAGCAGCGCCAACUUCCAUGCUGGAGGCAUUGCAGCAGCGUUUAGCUAAAUACAAAUCGGUGGAGGAGGCCGCCAAGGCAGAGGACAACACCAGCAAGGCGCGUCGCUUCGGACGCAUUGUUAAGCAGUUCGAGGAUGCUAUCAGGCAACACAAGGCUGGCAAACCCGUUGCAUAUGAUGAGCUGCCCGUGCCACCAGGUUUUGGACCACUGCCCACAGGUAAUGCUAUGCCCGCUGCAUCAGCAGCAGCACCUGCACCCACGCCACCAAUGUCGCCCACAUCACCGCCAGCCACAGAGAGCACUUCGGCUGGUGGCACGCCGUCCAGCUCUGGCACAGUGACGCCGACGGUGCCACGACGCAAGGCGCCACCGCCAGUGGAGCCCAAGGAACUAACAACGCGUACAAGCGGUAAUCAUCAAAAGAGCAAUUUGGCGGAGCAGCAAAUGAAAUUACUGCUCGAGCGACAAAAGGAGUUCAAAAUUGCCGCUGUAGCAGCCAAGAAAGCUGGUGAAAUUGAUCAGGCCAAGGAAUACCUUAGGAUCUACAAAGGAUUCGACUCGCUGUUGAAUGCGGCCAGCAGCGGUUUACCCGUGGAUCUGAGCACGCUACCUGUGCCGCCAUCGGAGCGGGACAGUCUGGAGGCAUCGUUUGCCAUUGUGGCUACCGAUGAAUGUGAUCCGGGCGAUGACAUUUGCGAGAUCGGGGUGCGCAUGGAGGAGCAGCUGGCCAAACAGCUCAUGAUGUGCAAGAAUACACGUGAUCAUCACAAGGCCAUGGGCGAUGUGGCCGGCAUGAAUCGUUUCGAGAAUCUCGCACUGACCGUGCAAAAGGAUUUGGAUCUGGUGCGUUAUUCCAAACGCAAGAAUCAAACACUGCCCAAGUUUCACUACGAGAAGCGUUCCUUCAACAUUGUCCACUGCAACACGGAUCUGACGGACAACGAGCUCGAAAUUGUUGUCGUGCGUGGCAUUAACUACAAUGUGCCCAAUCCCAAAGAUGUGGACACAUAUGUUCGCGUUGAAUUUCCACUGUUGAAUGAUGAGUCAUUUAAGACGAAAACAAAUGUGAUCAAGGACACGGACACGCCCGACUACGAUGAGCGCUUCAAGGUUGAUAUUCAGCGCAGCAAUCGUCAAUUUCAGCGCAUCUUCCGGCGGCAUGGCGUCAAGUUCGAGAUAUAUUCUCGAGGAGGAUUCUUGAGAUCCGACACGCUAAUUGGCACCGUCAAUGUCAAGCUGCAACAGCUGGAAACAAAGUGUGACAUCCAUGACACCUACGAUCUGAUGGAUGGUCGCAAGCAGGUGGGCGGCAAGCUGGAGAUCAAAGUGCGUGUACGGAAUCCCAUAUUGACCAAGCAAAUGGAGCACAUUGACGAGAAAUGGUUGGUGCUGGAUGCCUAGGGAUGAGCACAGUCGUAGUCUCGACAUUUAUUUAUUGCUUAAGGCAGUGUUUUGUACUCCUUAGCCUCUCCAGCAAUGGCAUUACCUUGUAUUCCACACAAAAACACCUACACAAACAUACACACACACAAACACAAAUACACGUUAUGUUCUAUAUAUAUAUAUAUAUUUAUAUAGAUAUUUAUGUAUUUGAGAUACUUGUAUUUGAGACAAGACGCUGCGCUGCUCGGAAGAUUUGUGCCCCAUUUGUGUAAACAGCUCCAUUCCAGAAAGUUGUAUGAGCGAGAAACUUGAGAGUGCGAAGAAUUUUGGAGAGAGAGAAAGAGAGAGAACAGCGCCAGCAAAGCCUGAUUAUGUUUCAUCUAAUAUGCACGAUAUGUUAUUUAAACCCAUACAAUAUAUAUAUCUAUAUAUGUA